UUCUUGAACUCGGCCACGGUCACGGCUUUUGGAUCGUCUUCCUCCUCGCCUCUUCCCGCAGGUUCAGCAGCAGCCCGAGGUGGUCGUCCGUCACCGGUGGACUCUCCAGUAUUCCGUGAACUCGUCCAAGGUCCCGGAUGUGCGGACCGUCCUCCGCCUUGCCUCUUCCGACAGGUUCAGUAGCAUUCCGAGGUGGGGGACCGUCGCCGGUGGACUCUCUAGCAUUUCGCGAACUCGUCCAAGGUCCCGGAUGUGCGGACCGUCCUCCUCCAUGCCUCUUCCCGCAGGUUCAGCAGCAGCCCGAGGUGGUCGUCCGUCACCGGUGGACUCUCUUGCAUUUCACGAACUCGUCCAAGGUCCCGGAUGUGCGGACCGUCCUCCUCCUUGCCUCUUCCCGCAGGUUCAGCAGCAGCCCGAGGUGGUCGUCCGUCACCGGUGGACUCUCCAGUAUUCCGUGAACUCGUCCAAGGUCCCGGAUGUGCGGACCGUCCUCCGCCUUGCCUCUUCCGACAGGUUCAGUAGCAGUCAGAGGUGGGGGACCGUCGCCGGUGGACUCUCUAGCAUUUCACGAACUCGUCCAAGGUCCCGGAUGUGCGGACCGUCCUCCUCCAUGCCUCUUCCCGCAGGUUCAGCAGCAGCCCGAGGUGGUCGUCCGUCACCGGUGGACUCUCCAGUAUUCCGUGAACUCGUCCAAGGUCCCGGAUGUGCGGACCGUCCUCCUCCUCGCCUCUUCCCGCAGGUUCAGCAGCAGCCCGAGGUGGUCGUCCGUCACCGGUGGACUCUCCAGUAUUCCGUGAACUCGUCCAAGGUCCCGGAUGUGCGGACCGUCCUCCGCCUUGCCUCUUCCGACAGGUUCAGUAGCAGUCAGAGGUGGGGGACCGUCGCCGGUGGACUCUCUAGCAUUUCACGAACUCGUCCAAGGUCCCGGAUGUGCGGACCGUCCUCCUCCUCGCCUCUUCCGACAAGUUCAGCUUUUCGAGGGAGGAGGACGUUCUUGAAAUCGGAUUCUGGAUCUGCGAAAAGGUUCUUGAAAGCGGCCACGGUCCCGGUUUUGCGGACCAUCUUCUUAAUCUCCUCUUCCGGCAGGUUCAGCAGCAGCCGGAGGUGGUCGACCGUUGCCGGCGGAUUCUUGAGCUUUUCGAGGGGCAAAAGACAUAUUCUUGAAAUCGGUCUCGGUCCCGGCUGUGUGGACCAUCUUCUUCCAGCAGGUUCAGUUCAGCCAUGUUCUUGAAAUCGGCCACGCUUUGAAACGGUUUCUACUUCUGGA